GGAGCGAGGUGUCGGCGAGCUUGGCUCUUCGCGCAACAGGGUCAUGAGGAAGAGGCGGCGGGGGCGUGGAGCUGCCGUAGCUGCCCGCCGGGCUGGUGGCGUGGCUCUGUGGGAAGGGCGCCGUUCCUAACCCGCUCGCGGGGCGGCGGCCGGGGCUCGGGGCUGAGAGCGGCCGUGGGGCCGCCGGGCCCCCGGGCUCCGCCAUGUUCCGAAGGGCACGGCUCAGCGUGAAGCCGAACGUCAGGCCCGGGGCCGCCCCCAGGGCCCCCGCCGCGCCCGCUCCCCAGCGGGGACGGGAGGCUGCCCGGCCGCCGGAGCCUGCCGCGGCCUCGGGCCCGAAGCCCGCGGAGUCCACGGCUGCGCCCCCGGCGGGUCUCGGGGGAGCGCAGCCCCCAGAAAAGGCUCCCAGGAGCAGUGAUGAAAAGCCUGAUGGUGAGAAUGUUGUUGAAGAAUCCGGUAAAUCUUCCUCUACUGUUUCACAGAGAAAAAAGCGAGUAUCACGUACCCCUACUCUGGUUAAGCCUAGUGUCAGCGUUCCUUCAGAACCUCACCCCUUAUCUCCAGUUAAUAAAGAAGCUCCACAGCCAGACCCUGUCCCAGCAAAGGAGAAACAGCCAUGCUCAGACAGAUAUCGAAUAUAUAAAGCCCAGAAACUGAGAGAAAUGUUGAAAGAAGAAUUGAGGAAAGAGAAGAAGCAAUGGAAAAACAAGUGUGCCAUAAAUGAAAGUCAGAGGCCACCAGAUCGUUCAAAAAUGACUAUGAGAGACUUCAUAUAUUACCUGCCAGAUAACAAUCCAAUGACUUCUUCACUGGAACAAGAAAAGAAAACUGAAAAAUCGUUGACACCAGUCCAGACAAGAGAGCAAGAAAGUAAGAGUACUCCUGAGGCUGAAGAUGAGGAUGAAGUCGAGGAAGAGAUGGACGAAGGACCAUUGCUGGUUCCUCGAGUGAAAGUGGCAGAAGAUGGUUCUAUUAUUUUGGAUGAAGAAAGUUUAACUGUAGAAGUUUUAAGGACAAAAGGUCCCUGUGUUGUUGAGGAAAAUGAUCCUAUCUUUGAGCGUGGUUCUACGACUACAUAUUCCAGCUUUAGGAAAAACUAUUAUUCUAAACCAUGGUCAAAUAAAGAAACAGAUAUGUUCUUUUUAGCCAUCAGCAUGGUGGGAACUGACUUUUCUAUGAUUGGACAGCUUUUUCCUCACAGAGCAAGGAUAGAAAUUAAGAAUAAAUUUAAACGUGAAGAGAAAACAAAUGGCUGGAGAAUAGACAAGGCGUUCCAGGAAAAGCGCCCUUUUGACUUCGAUUUUUUUGCUCAUUUGCUUCAGAAAGUUCUUGCUGAAGAAGAGAAAAGAAAACAAAAAUCCGUUAAAAAUCAGAGUUUAAAGGAGAAGAAAUCCUCUAAACCACGAAAAAAUGUAAAAGUGAAAAAAGUUGCUAGUGAAGGAGUGAAUGAUGAUGCAGCUGAGUCUGUGAGCACUAAAAUUCCAGACCCAGAAGGAUCUCAAAAGGAUGCUCAGACGGCUGGAGAAGAAGAAGAGUCUCUGACUUUAUCGGGACAGGAUUCAGAACAGAUUGUGUUAGAACCAAACUUAAAUCAAAACAAAAGGAGAAGGAAGACUCAGGAUGAAGUUGGUAAACAGGAAGUACAAAAUCUUUCAGGAAAUGCCACUGUUCAGUCAGGCCCUUCCAAAGGAGAAAAACACAAAGAUAAAUGUCAGUCUUCAAGGCCUGAGAUAAAUGAAGGUGAAGGCAAUAAGGAACAGAAGCUCUCCUGUGUACAGAACGUAGAUGAUGUUGUGGAUUUAUCCUCCAGUGAAAAGGUUGAGGAAAAAACUGACCGUAUCGUUUCAUUAAGCAGUCAACCAGAUGCCGUGUCAGUAGCAGCUGAGACUCCAGGAUCAAGCACUUCGGAUUUGCCUUCAUCAGAGGUUGGAAUUAGAGCUCUGUGUGAGGUGAAUGAUGCUGAGAACAGUUGUACAGAAGGGAGACAUGCUGACCUAAAAAAUAAAUCCCCGGAAACAGAUCAAAGAGAAAAUGUCAAACCAGUGGCAAGAGGACGACUCCAGAGACCUAAACCCAAUUUAUCAAGGGCAAUUGGGAAGAAACCAGCCAUUUCACAAGGUAAAACAGAUGCAGAGAGCGAGAGUUUACACCUGGAAACUUCCAUGGAAAAGAAUCACUUGGAAAAGGAUAAAAGGAACACAUUUGACAUUUCUGAAACAGAGAAUACAGAGAGAGAGCACCCAGAAGCUGAGACUGUAUCUAAUUCAAGUGAAAAAAUUUGUCUGCAGGAAGAUGAUCAACCAAAGGCUUUCAGGCCUACACGGCUAACGAGGGGCCGAUUGCGGAGGCCAAAGCCAAAUGUUGGUAAAGCUGCCGAAAGAAAAGAAAUUCUUCCAUCACAGGAAAAAAUUGGGGUCAAUGUAGAAAACAGUGAAAAUGAAUCCUCUGUUGAUAGAGGUACUCCGGAACAAAUUGAAGAUCAGUCAUGUCAAAAUGUUGAGUGUGAAGACAUCACAUCACAGUCUGAGGAAAAAGGUACUUCUUUUCAAAAUGUGCAGCCAGAUGAGCCCAAGACUCUUAAUGAAUGUGUGAGUAUUCAAGAGGAUAAUAAAGCAAAUACACUCAAACAAGUCCCAAUGGUAAAGACUCGAUUUCAGAAACCAAAGCCAAAUGUAGGAAGAGGGAUUGGAAGAAGAAAAAUUUUCUCAAAGGAAGAGGUGUCAGAGGAGAUUCUUACCUCUGGGGAAAUGACAACAGCUUUGAGAGAAGUUGCAAGACUGGGAGCCUCCCCAAGGGAGAACGGACCAGUGGAGGCUAAUACUACUGAGGAAAUGAAAUCAGAUUUGACGGAGACUGAAAGAAGAGGCGUUUCUCCCAUGGAGAAGACACCGGAAAUGAUUGACAUCACUGUGGACAUGGAGACGGGUUUGGAAGAAACUGGAAGAGGGGUUUCCCUAAGGGACAGGGUACCAGAGGUGACUGAUGCCACUGAGGAAAGAAAGACAGAUUUGGAAGAAAAUGGAAGACGAGAACUAUCCCUAGAGGAAAAGGCCCCAGAGGUGGUCAGCACUAUAGGUGACAUGGAGACAGGUUUGGAAGAAACUGGAAGAGGGGUUUCCCCAAGAGACAAGGUACCAGAGGUGACUGAUGCCACUGAGGAAAGAAAGACAGAUUUGGAAGAAAGCGGAAGAGAAAUAUCCCUAGAGGAAAAGGCCCCAGAGGCGGUCAGCACUGUAGGUGACAUGGAGACAGGUUUGGAAGAAACUGGAAGAGGGGUUUCCCCAAGGGACAAGGUCCUAGUGGGGAUCAAUGCCAUAGGGGGAAAGGAGGUUGAUUUGAAAGAAACUGGAAAAGGAGCCAUUUCCCUGACAGAAAAGGUUUUGGGAAAGACUACUGCCGUUGAGGAAACCCAGGCAGAUUUGGAAGAAACUGGAAGAGAAAUUUCCUUGAGGAAAAGUAGAUCAGAAGAGAUUAGUACCACUGAGGAAAUGGUGGCAGAUUUGGAAAAAACUGGAAAAAUAGACAUUUCUCUAAGGGGAAAUGUACCAGAGGAGACUGGAAUCUCAAGACAAACUGAGACAGAUUUAAUGGAGAGCAUUAGAGCUGUCGGUAGUGCUCUGCCAUCGCUGAAUCUCCAAAACAUCGGCACUGAAGCACUACCGGUGGUGCCUGUACCUGGAGAAGAAGAAAGAAGUUCUGAAAAGGAAGGCUCAAGUCAGCUGAGUCAUUUGAAGACGUCUUCACAGACUCCUGAACUUGGUGAAACAGAAGACCAGGGGAUGCUAUCUCCAGACGCUCCAGAGCGGUUUUCAGAUGCUAAUUUAAGCAAAUCUCUUCCUCAAGAACAGAAGCCACUUGAAGUUAAACCAGCACCUUUUGUGAGAAGUCGAUUCAAAAGACCAAAGCCAAACUUAGCGAGAGCAGCUUUAAAGAGAGAGAUGACGGAAACAGGAAUGUCUGUGCCUGGGAAGAAAUUGGAAACUGGUAAAGCGGAGACUGGUGUGAUACAGCAGAGCAGGGAACAGACAAACAUGCUCCCUUCUCAACACGAUGUGGCUUUCCUAAUGACAUCAAGAGAAAAAGAUGGAUCAGGUCCCAGGCCGGAGGAGGCUGUGGUAUCACCCUGUGUGCAGAUUGAAAAGGACUUGUCGUCGCCCAGCUUUUGUGAACCUGUGGAGGAGUCCCAGGCUGCACGAGCCCAGGGAGAGGAAGGAGUAGUUUCCGUGCGGACUCAGAAUAUAAACACUUUCCAACAAGAAAUGAAGGAAAGUGUUACCCAAACUGCUCCAUCAGUACGGGGCCGACUUCAAAGACCCCGACCAAACAUAAGAAAGGCUGGACAGAGGCAGAGAGUAGAGAAAGGUGAAGCCGAAGGCAUAGUCGAGGAAGAAAGAACGGUAGUGCAGAAAGAUGAAACUGAAAAGAAGUUCCUGACUGGGGCAAAUUUUCAAAUUGGAACUGAAGUUGAAGUUGUACCUUCCAAAGUUUCAGAAGGUGGAAUGUCUGAAAAUCAGAGUCAUGUGGUUCUUGUAGGAAACCUUCCUGUUAACAAAGUCAGUGUUUUAGAUGAAAAGACGAGACACGAACAUGAAACGUGUGUUCCUGGUCCAGCACAGUUGAUAAGAAGGCGAUUCCAAAAGGCUGGGCCAAAUUUGGGAAGAGCUCAUGGUGAGAAAGAAGCAGCAGCUGUAGAAGAAGACAGAGCAGAGCAGAGCGAGGCCAAGAAGCCAGAAGAUAAUUUGCUGGACCAGGAAGAUUCUGACACCCAGCUCCUGCAGAAAGAAAAGGCUGAGUUUCUGACAUCUCUGGCGGUUUCAGCAAGAAAAGAUUCUGUAGGUUCCAGAGAGGCUGUUUGGGCUAAAAAAGAUGCUGAGUCAUCACGAGCUGCUGGGGAUAAGUCUGCGUCUUCAGGUGUUGAAGAGCAGCAUCUCAGUAAACUCACAAGCUGUCCACAACUGUUAAAAGAGUCAGACUACUCUAAAAUUGCUCUGGAUCAAAGAACAACUGUCUCUUCUGCCUCUGAGUGUGAGGGAGGUCGUAGUGAGAGGAGAACGCAUCGGAAGAGCAAGCCAAAUGUCACCAAAGGACGUGGAUCAAAGCGAAUCCGGACUAAGACCUCUAAGAAGGGACCCAGAGCUUCCAGGGCCGUGCUGGUGACUCUUCGGGCUUCCCAGGAAGAAGAUGAAGACGACACUGAAGAUUUUGAGUGUGACUAUGAGGAAGAAACCUAUCACCUUGCUCCAGAAGAAGUCAACAAAGCUCCAGUGUUUGUACCCCUUGGUCUCAGAUCUCCUGAACCUGUCUCUGCUCAGAUUGAGGAAACGAUGGAAGAGCUUGAAAUAACCGUGAAUGUCCCUGAUGUCGGAUGCAUAACUGUUGAUGAACCUCAGCUCUUACACACGGAUGCGGCUACUCAGGAAAUGAAGCAAGGAGAUUUGAACUCAUUAUCACUUGAAAUGACGACAGGUGGACAUACCCCAGAUGAAACAGGUGCCAAUGAUGGAAGCACUGAAGCCGCCAUAACUUUACUUACAAUGGGAGAUUUAGUGUUGCAGUCGGAGAUCAGUACAGAACAGAGUGAUGUAGGAGUAUGUGUACUUCCUGAUGGUCAUUCAAAGGAUAAAAGCCAUAUUCCUUUUAGCCCAGAUAAUGUAGAUCACAGAAUUGUUCAUGAAUGUCAGGAGCUUCCGUCAGCUGUCAAUAGUGCAUCUCCUUCAUUAGAAGAAAGCAAGAUUGUAUUGGAGGAGCAAAGUUCUAAAGAAGAAAGUGGUUUAGUGGAGAAUGUGAAGGAAAACGCUGUACCAGCCAGGAAUGCAACUUCUGAAGUGACGAGUAAUUUGAGAAUGAGAAGUAGACUUGCCGAGCCUAAACCAAAUCUUAGGAUUUUAGGGACCAGGAGGUUUGGUGCUCAUCAGGAAGUUCCCGGUUUGUUUGUAACCAAAGGAGAAGAAGUGGACAUUCAAAGAGAAACUGAGAAAAAUGCUUCUAAAGCAACAGAAUUAGAAGAUAAAAACCUUGGCUCAGUUACAACAGCAGAGAGUAAGGAGCAGAGCAGGUCGGCGCGGGUACAUGGUAUCGAAGAGAGCAGUGUUUCGAAAGAAGCCCAGCUAACUGGAAGAAAUGAAGAUCAGGAAGAAGGCUGUCAUGAGGGUGGGACCUUGUCAGUGGCUCCAUUUGUUUCCUUUGAGACAAGGCCCCAUGCGUUUGGCUUGGGUCAGGGUCUCCACGAGGGUGCUGUGGAGGAGCCCCUGAGGAAGGAUGCUGAUGGAGAUGGUGUGCUUACGCUCCAUGUGCCGCAGUGUACACCAGCUAGCAUUCCGGAAGUCCAACAGGAGAAUGUAAUCCCGCCUCAAGACCUAACAGUGAAUCUAGUUGCUAACAUGCAUCAAGAUGGUGAGGAGGAACAAGCAUUCAUUUUAACUCUGGUGGAAAUUCCAACCAGUGCAGUCGAAGAAUUUACUGAUCCCACCGUGCAGUUAACGCCAAGCCCUCUGCUGCCAGCGCCCAUACUGGUCAGAUCGGUGAGCACGGAAGAAAGGGGUGACAUGAGUAUGAGCUUUCCAGUAGCCUCAGUUGGUCAGGACGCCAUGUGUUUAUCAGAUUCUGGAAGAGAGGAUUCUGAAGAGCCUCCUGCUAGUUUGGAUCUUGUAUCUAGGAAGAGGUUUCAUUGUAGGCUUGAUGACAGUGACCAUGUUCCUCCUGCCAAAAAAAGUGCCCUCCUUUCAAGAGACACUUGUCAAAAAUACACCUCCGAGGUGUGUUCAAAGGAAUUAAUAAAUGUUUUUGAGGAAACAGGGGAGCCUUUCAGGGGACAAGGUGUCUUCCCUCCUUCAGGAAGAACACACACAACUCCAGAACCUCAGAAGGAGCAACUUGAAUCUGCUUUCCAGAGUCUAGAAUCCAGAUGCCUUGAUAAAGUAACAGAUACACAUAUCGAAAAGAACACACCUCAGAUACCUCAGGCUGAGAGGACUGUGUCUGAUAAGGACGAAGGAACUUGUGCUGCUCCUAAGUCUGAACAGAUGGACAGCAUCACAUCAUCUUCAAAAGCCCCGCUCUCUAGACCUGGCAGGAGACCCCUGGGAUUUUUGUCCUUAAUAUGUUCGAAGAAUGGCCUGGAGUCUGAUGAGCCUUCUCAGGUUCAUAGUAAGAAACGCUUAAAACCUCUGAUACCUGUGUCAAGACAGAGUUUGAAAAGAUCAAAUCCACCCAGUGAAGGCCAGAAAAAAAUUCAGGAGUCCUCUGCUCUGCUUCCAUCUCCAAAGGUUGUGGUUGAUACUCAGUCUGAGAACACUGGCGGUUCAGCAGCUCAGGUUUCUUGUGAUCACCCGUUGCCCAAAGAAGAAGGUAAAAGUGUCCGAAACCGAGCGCCUGAAGGGGAGCCAACCACAGUCUCUGAGUAUUUCUUUAGUGAUAUCUUUAUCGAAGUGGAUGAAACAGAAUAAAAGUUUUUUUUUUAAGUCUAGGAUUUCCAAAGUCAGUUAUAUCAACAAAGCAGUAUAUACAACAAAGAACCCCGGCUCUUUUUCUCUAGAUUGAUUUUGAAUAUUUAAUAAGCUUGACUUGAAGUUUUAUCAUCAGUGGAAAACAUUGCUGAGAUUCCUUUCAUUCUGAUUUAUUCCGCAUUCUGGAGACACCAAGCAGGUAAACGUGCUUUCUCAGACAGAAACAGCAGCUCUUGUUUACAUGCUGGCUCUGCCGUGUCCAGCACAUGUGGACAUUUUGAAAUAUUGUGGAUAACGUCUCUGUGUGAAUGAAUACCCAUCGCAGUGCUGACGUGUUUGGAGGUGGAGUGUCCGGGACAUUUAGCCAACUUCAUCUGUGCAGGUUUUUCUGUUUGUUUGGGUUGGUUUUGGGUGAUGAAGGCCUUCUCCAUAGCCUCUCGGUGCAUGAAAGCAGAUUGUGAAGCUCCAUGUCUGUACGGUAAAUGGUGACACCUUCUCCAGUAUCAGCUGUCUGACUGACUGAAAAUAGGUAUUUUUCUAAUUCGUGUUGAUGGAACAUUAGUCCUAAUUUGAAGAACUAGUAUUUAAAUUUAUUAUUUAUAAAGACAAAACAUCAAAAAGCUUAUUUAUUUUUAAAUUUUUAUUUAAAAGAAUAUUCAGUUUUAAUUAUUUUCACCCCUCAGAUUAUGGGUAAAGAAGGCAUUAACAAAUUUAUGUUUGUCUCCUUUCCCUCUUUAAUUUUAAAGAUAUUUAAAGUGAUAUAACUAAAAGUGUUUGGAUAGUGUAUAUGCUUUGAAUACAUUUUUUUCUCAUUCUUUAGUAUAUUGAUUUUGUACUGUGAAGUUUUUGUUUUGUUUCUUGCAUAAUCUCAGGAUUUGUAUGGGAAAAACCCUUUAACUUCAUUUAUGAGGCAGAUUUCCAUACAAAACUCAAUCUCCUGUACACACACAUACAGUUGCGCGCACACAUUCCUCUUUUUAAAAAACAAUUUCUUGAUAGUUGUUUCCCCCAUUAACUUCUGCUUAAGGAACGCUUAGGCCUUUAAGCUUAGAACAUAAUUGUGAUGUUAAAAACAGAAAAUAAGAUAGCAAUAAGACUUUAAGUCAGUGAUCAUCAUCAACAUGAAUUUGAGUUAUUUUUAAUUUCAAGAUUUUGUGAUUUACUAGGUGAUUCUGUUAUCCACCCAAGCAAAUCUUUAGUUGUUCAAAUUAAACUUCUCAAAGAGCAGGUUUAUUCUUUUAUUGGAAACCCUCCUGGGUUGAUAAUACAUUAGAUCAGGAGUCAGAAACAUUUUAUGCAAAAUAUUUUUGAGUGUGUGGGCCAGAAGGCCUCUGUGGCAACUACCCAGUUGUGCCAUUUCAGUGUGGAAACAGGCACAUGUAGUUCAAUGGUAGACGUGGCUAGAUUGGGCUUUUAGUCUGAUCCCUACGUUGGACAGUAAUGUUCUUACCUUCAGGUGCUGACAUCUUUAUCUGUGAGAUAUUUGUCAUUGAAGUUAUGCGUUGUGCCUAAGAAAACUGUUGAUUGCGUUAUGAAAUUAUCACUAUUUUAAUUGGGAAGAUAUUUUAAAAGUCUAGAUAAUUGUAUUUGUAUGUUGAAAAAAUUGGUGGCCGGUUUUCAAGUUCAUUGGUAAAACAGGAUGUGACUCGGCAAGUCUAACAGUAAUCCUACUUUAUUAAAACAGUUGACAUUAUAGCCUUUCUCACUCAUUGCCCUACAGUGAAACUUACAGUGUAACUUUUUGUCAUAAAGGAGGAUCUGUGAAUCUGAGUGGAAAUUCUCUAUAGGUAUGCAUUUAUUUAUUUUGUGUGAUUAAUGUGUCACAAAAAUCAUGGUAGUAAAUCACAUUGCUAUUUUAAUGCCCUGUUUUUAUAAAUUUUUUAAAAUCCCAUAUUCUAAAAAGGUUUCUUUCACUUAAUUAAUGUUAGUUUGGAUGUUAGGCUACCACAGUCAAACUAUUAUUUUAUCCCUUGUAUAAUACUUAUUUUUUAACUUUGUUAACAUCCGUCUCUUGCACAUCUACAACAAAUUAACUUUAUGGAAGGUGUAACUUCUUACUGUAUAGAGAAUCAUGUUAUCUUUGGGCAGUCGUUGCAUUCGAGAAUCAAGUCAGCCAGAUAAAUUAUCUUACUGUUGUAUCCUUAAAACUAACCUUGGAAAAAGAGAAACUUAAUCACUGUAUUUACCUUACAAGGUGGAGAGACCUGUUCACACCUGUGUUUAAUCUGAUUCAUGUAAAGAUGAUGUUGUGACGAAUUUGCAGUAUAUAAAUCUUUAAGGAGAUAUGAUUAAAGGUCUUUAUUUUUUCUUGGCUUUUCCUCCUGAACACUUACAUCUUAGCAAGUCAUCACCAUAAUGGUUUAAAAGCCUAAUUGUUGGUAAAUGAUUGAGGCACAGAUAGAACUAUGAAUAUCCACUGUUUACCACCAUGUUAUUUGAAAUAGAAGUGACCAUGUAUACUCUCUUGCUUGAAGAAGUCUGACGAAAAAGCAGUAUCUGUCAUUUGUAAAUUUUCUUGUUCUAAAGAAAGCAGUUAUGUUCUAUAGAUAUAAAUUAUGUAAAUAAAAGUUAUUUUAUACUA